AGAGAGAAAGCCCGGCUCCUCGAGUGGGUUCGGCAACCGAACCCACCUCUCGCCGUCACCGCUCUGGUCGGACCCGACGGUGCCACACCACAGCUUCGCCCGGUCUGGCCGCGCCAUCGGAGAAUGCGCCUCGCAUGGCGGCGGUCCCAACGCCGCCAGGUUCGCCGUCCCCGGGGAGGUGUACUGACCCGGGUCCUCCCCGCCCGCCCAUCUUCCAGAGUUUAAAAAUUAAACAUACACCAAAGACUCCCAAUAGUUUUGGAGAUCGCACUACCAGCGAUGUUGUUGUAAGGCUAAGGACCCAUGAAGGGCGAGACAAUUGGUUUUACUGCCACUCUGAGAUUCUCAUAGAGAAGAGCAAGUACUUUGCAGAACGUCUAUCUGAUGACUGGCCAACAUGUCAGAUCCUUGAUUCUCGGUACUGUGUGGAAGUUUACUGUGAAGAACUGGAGUUUGAUUUUCAUGUUAUUGCCUUUCGGCUUCUUUAUGUGACAGAACCACAAACUAGGUAUGGUGUAAGAAAUACACUUGGUAUCUUCCAGGUUGCUGUUCGCCUUGGUUGCCAUCAGCUGGCACAUGAUUGUAUUGAUUACUUAGAGUCCGUUCCUUGGGAAGAGGCUGAGGAGGAAGAAAUGUUGAGGAUCAUACCUCAUCUUGGAUCACAAUAUGAGGAGAUCCUUGCACGUCUCCAGCCCGUCAGUCCAAUUUCAGUGGUUGGGGUUUUCAUAUCCACUAUUCGUUUUGCUACAUCAUCACCUUCAACAUCUUUGCGAGAUCUGAAGUCCUCUGCCCAAGAUCAGCUUGAAUACAUGCUCACCGAGGAUGAUGAUGCCCCACUGUUGACCUUGGACAAUGAAGAUAUCAAAAUAGAAGUGAAGAAUUGCGUCAGAGAUCUACUGAGCAGAUUCAAUUACCAUAUAGAAUCUCUUUUAAAUGCAUCUCAAGACAUGGUUUCUGAGAUGACUAUGGUCUGUGACAUGCACUCCUUCCUGUCUGACAUUUCAUGGGUUUGCCAGAUCUUAACUAAGAUGGAAAUGAUGAAGCAUCUUGUUCAUUAUUGGUUGGAAGCAUCUUUGAACAUAGUUAGAGUCACUGAAAAAUUGAAUCAGGAUGAUCACAUGCCAGAGACCAGAUUGAAAGUGAUAGAAGUGACGUCUAAGGUUCUUGAUGCAGUUGGAUUUGGACACGUGAUAGUUGCAACUGCAAUGAGGCUUGGUUUGGUUAAUGUUUGGCUUCCAUUUGUGCAGAGGACAAGGCCUUUGUUGGAGCAAGCCAAUUCGGAUAGUGAGGGAGGGUCAUCACUUCAAAUAGACAGUGAGAUCUGGCAGGGAUUGGAAUCCGCUUUCAUUUCAAUUCUGCUCACAUUGCCAUCUGUGAGCCAAGCUGAAAUAUUGGCAGCAUGGUUGAGGUCAGAGCAUGCUCGUUAUCCAGACCUUACGGAAGCAUUUGAAGCAUGGUGUUAUCGUUCAAAGAUUGCCAAGAGGAGGCUUGCUUUGUCAGAUGGCAAUAGCAACAGGACCAGCUCACAGGUUCCUCCUUGAUCAAAUCAUGUUCUAUCAUAUGUAUGUCCUAAUGCCAGGCAGGGAUAGUUUCAUUGUGAUGAGAUGUCCUGUAUAUAUACCAUAUGAUGUUAGGUCAGUUUCAUUUUUGAUGAUCAACAAAAGCUCAGAAGGGAUCAGUUUUAGUUCUAGUUUCAUAUUUACUGAGUUACUAAUAUUCAUGUUGGGAGCCAUCCCUGAGAUAUUAACAUGAAACUUCUUCUA